GUUGUGACCGUCUGCGGGCCACGAUGACCUCAUCUUAGCUUGCUCGUUUUCUCUGCGCCCUUACGCCCCGGUAUACUUAGACCUGCUCUGUCAUACAGUCACAGGUACUGCCUUACAGCAUACGACCCAACCACCUACAACGUUGCUGACCACUCGCGCGCUGUGGAGCGGACACAACUUGCACACUCGUCCUUCUACGCUAUCAUGCGUGCAAACCGAUAAGCAUAUCAUCAAAAGCUAUUAUUUUCCGUACCGAAAUGGCAGGCUGUCCGCUGUUGAACAAGCAAGGGCAUGCAGUCCUCCAUUCACGUAGAGCCGGCCUGCGGAGAGCUUCCGUCGUCCUGCGCGCUCCAUCUAUAGUGCGAUGCGCGAAGCCUGGGCCAACAGCGGACCCUGUGCAGACGGAGCAGCAGCACACGCCUGCACAGCCAGUGGCUUCAACCUCGGGGAGCCAGCGGCAAGCGGAGCAGGAGCGCGAGCUGCAGUACAUUAGUACCACUUUACCACGGACAGAGCAGCGGUACGAGGCAUUGGCAGCAUGGGUGGGCGCGGCCGUGGCAUUCGGCUGCGGCAUUUGGUAUGUCCAGGGCGCCGAAAAGGCCCAGGAAUACUUCGCGGGCUACCUGCUGGAGCAGUCAUUAUCCGUCGACAAUCUGUUCGUCUUCGUCCUGGUGUUUGGGUAUUUGAAGACCCCGCCGGAGGCACAGAGCAAGGUGCUCACCUGGGGCAUCGCCACCGCGGCGGUCCUGCGCGCCGUGCUCAUCGUGUUGGGCGUGGAGCUGGUGCGCGAGUUCGAGCCGCUGCUUCUCUUUUUCGCCGCCAUCCUGCUCUUCUCGUCGUUCAAGCUGCUGACAGCGUCGGAGGCCGACGACGACGCUGACCUGUCGGACAACCCCAUCUACAAGUUCUGCGCGCGCUUCAUCAAGGUCACCGACAAAUACGACGGCACCAACUUCUUCACCACCGUCAACGGCAACCGUGUCGCGACGCCGCUGCUGCUCACGCUCGCGGUGGUGGAGCUGAGCGAUGUGGUCUUCGCUGUGGAUUCCAUCCCCGCCGUCUUUGGUGUCACGCUCGACCCCUUCAUCGUCUACACCUCCAACGUGUUCGCGAUCCUCAGCCUCCGAGCGCUCUACACUUUUGUCGCGACUGCCAUGGGCGAACUGCGCUUCCUGGACAAGGCGGUGGCGGUGGUGCUUGGGUUCAUCGGCUCCAAGAUGGUCCUGUCGUUCGCGGAUGUUAUAAUCCCCACCGACGUUUCGCUACUGGUGGUGGGCCUGGUGCUGGGCGCAGGCGUGGGCGCCAGCCUAGCGCUACCGGAGAGCAAGGACGACUAAACGGCGGCGGCCUGGCGGAGCGGCCUGGCGGAGCGGCUGUAGCAGCCGGCGGAGGCAGUAGCAGCGGUGGCGGUGUGGCGGCGGCAGCAGAACGGCGGCAGAGGCAAUGGCGGCAUGCAACCGUGGUUGGCGGCAUGGCAGCGGAACCAGCAGCGCUUGGUUGUGCGUGGAUGUGUAGGCGGCGCAGCCCGGUGGCAGUUUAGUAGCGGCGUGCCCACGCCAUUGUCCCCUCGGUGUAGCGUGGCGUGGCACCAGCCACGCAUUCUGCUGGCGUGUCGUGUGGCUAGGGUUCCGGUCCGGUGGUGUGUGCCGCAGGGCCAAUGUGCCCCUCGUCUGGGCCGCCAUGUCCCAUGCCGGAGACGUCCUGCCUGCAUGAUUGCUGCAUCUGCAUGGACUGAAGCUGACCUUCGCACCAGACCGGCAUGGUCGGUGCCCACGCAUAUAGCACAGCUGCAUGCGCAAGCCUCAUGGCGGCGGCAUUGUUACCUCGCGAUGCGAUGCCGUUUGCAAAUUGCCGCAUCUGUACGGACUGGGAGUGAAGCGAAUGUUACAGUGACAUUGCUGCGUGGUGGGUGAGUGUUCCAGCGCGUGUUAGUGCGUGUGACAAAGCAGACGUCGGCCGGCCAUGUGGCCUGUGACUCGUAGUGACAAGAACGGCGCAAGUGUUACGUACCAUUUAUUGCCUGUUUCGAGGGCCGAGCCGCAGUGCGGUGAGGUGUGUGUGGAGGCCAGGUGGUGCGUCCGGCCGGAAGUGCUGAUGACGUGUGCUUGCUGUUAACAUGGUCGAGGCCCAUUGAGUGGUGCCUGACUCAUGUUGUUGAUGAGUUGCGGCUGUGUCGCAAGGGGCGCCGCAGGGACGUCCGCCGGGGCGCCGCCAGCUUACUAGUGAGCGAGUAGGGCCGAGCAUGGAGUCUGCCGGGGCCAAGGGGCAGGUGCAGGGCCCACAAUGCGGCGGGGCUGCGGCCAUAGAGGAGGUUGCAUUGUUUUCGUGGAGCGUGGAUAAGGAGAAAUGGGCGCGAGGCUUUCAGCAUCUGCGGGUUUGGAAGUGUUUGUUUGUUGUUUGUAUGGUGCAGCCUGAGUAAGAGAGGACAGGAGGCGCAGCAGCUUAUAGGCCCGUGUUUUGUGCAGAAGCAAGACGGGCGUUUCGAGAGAAAGAGAGACUCAACGCAGUGAUGUGGGGAUACCGCGGAGUUUGCAUGAAUGGGACGUGGCGGUGUGCGGGUGUUUGGGUAUGGGCGGACAAGCAGCACGCGAACCCAACUUCGAGCGGGGGCUGAUGGGCGUCAGUCCACGGCUGCAGCCCUCCGAAGGGACGCUGGGGCACUGCAGUGCGCGGCAGUGUGCAGCCGCGCACACGCUUUGGCCGUGCGAGUGUAUUUGUGUGCAAGCGCAUCGCGAGGUGGCGAGAGAUUGAGAGACUCAGAUAGCGCGCUGUAGGUGCAGAGGCAGUACGCAGCUGCAGACUGGCAGCUCCUGUAAGGCGGCGAUUAC